UCUCACUUUCCCCACAUCGAAUUCUCUCUUUCCUUUCGAAUUUUGUUUGUUCAGAUCAAAGAAAGUGUCGUUGUUGAGAGUUGAGUUAGCUUAACCAUGGCUGAAGAAGCUUCAAAGACAAGCACAGCUCAAGAGGAAGCGGUGGUCGCUGACGUGGCACCUGCUGAGCGAUCAGACACCAACGUUGUUGUGUCUGUAGAAGAAGAAGAAAAAGCAUCCCCGGAGAAGGAGAACAUUCCAGAAACCGAGACGGAGGUUUCCAAAGAUAACAUUCCGGAAUCAGGUUCGUUCAAGGAAGAAAGCACAAUUGUCUCGGACCUGCCAGAAACAGAGAAGAAGGCACUGCAAGAACUCAAACAACUCAUUCAGGAAGCACUCCAAAAGCACGAGUUUUCUCCCAAAGAUGAAAAACCCGAAGAUGCCACCGACAACAAGGAGGAAGAGAAGCCCGUGGAGGAAGAGAAGGAACACGUGGUUCAUGCUGCUGCUGCUGCUGCUGGUACUGACGUGGCAGAAGCGACAGAAAAAGAAGCUGCGGAAGUGAAGGAGACUGAAGCUGAAACUAAAACUGAAACGGAGGUUGGUACAGAGAAAGCGGCUGUUAGCGAUGGUGGUUCUGUUGCGGAGGAUGGAGCGAAAACGGUGGAGGCUAUCGAGGAGAGCGUUGUGCCGGUGAGUGUGUCUGAGGAGGAAGCGAAGGUGGAAGGUGGUUCGGCUUCCCCCGAAGAGGUUUCGAUUUGGGGAGUGCCGCUUCUUGCUGAUGAGAGGAGCGAUGUGAUUCUGCUGAAGUUUCUGCGUGCGAGGGAUUUCAAGGUGAAGGAAGCGUUUGCGAUGAUAAAGGGGACGAUUCGGUGGAGGAAGGAGUUCGGGAUGGAGGAGCUGUUGGAGGAGGAUUUGGGGGAUGAUUUGGAGAAGGCGGUGUACAUGCAUGGGUUUGACAAGGAGGGUCACCCUGUGUGUUAUAACAUCUAUGGGGAGUUUCAGAACAAGGAGUUGUACAAGAAGAGUUUCUCUGAUGAGGAGAAGAGGCACAGGUUCCUUAGGUGGAGGAUUCAGUUCCUGGAGAAGAGUAUCAGGAAGCUUGAUUUUACCCCUGGUGGGAUAAGCACCAUUGUUCAAGUCAAUGAUCUCAAGAACUCUCCUGGACCUGCCAAGUGGGAGCUUAGACAGGCUACCAAACAGGCCCUGCAGUUGCUUCAGGAUAACUAUCCUGAGUUUGUAGCCAAACAGGUGUUUAUCAAUGUGCCAUGGUGGUACUUGGCAGUGAACAGGAUGAUAAGUCCUUUUCUUACUCAGAGAACCAAAAGCAAGUUUGUCUUUGCUGGCCCUUCCAAAUCAGCCGAGACACUUUUGAGAUAUAUUGCUGCUGAGCAACUUCCGGUGAAGUAUGGCGGACUAAGUAAAGAUGGGGAAUUCGGAAUUUCCGAUGCUGUCACAGAAAUUACAGUGAGACCAGCAGCAAAACAUACCGUGGAGUUUCCUGUUACUGAGAACUCCCUACUGUCUUGGGAACUCAGAGUAAUAGGGUGGGACGUAAGCUAUGGUGCAGAGUUUGUGCCAAGUUCAGAGGGAAGCUAUACUGUGAUCAUUCAGAAGGCUAGAAAGGUUGGUUCAUCAGAAGAACCGGUGCUUUGCAGCAAUUACAAAAUUGGUGAACCUGGGAAAGUGGUUCUCACCAUUGACAACCAAAGCUCUAAGAAGAAGAAACUCUUGUACCGCUUGAAGGUCAAGCCCUCUUCUUCUGACUGAGAAUCUCAUAAUUGCUAUGCACAUCCACAAGGGGGAAGGAGAUGAACAGCACCUACAUUGAUUGCUGACAGUUAUGUUCUUGCAUUCACUUCUACCACCCAAGAUGUUCAAAGAUGGACUUUGCUGCUGCUAGAAGAGGAGAGUUUAAAUUUUAAUCGUGACCAUGUGUUUCAUUAUAUAUAUUUCUUCUGUGUUUCGUUGAUUAUUUAUUAUUAUUAUUAUUAUUGGAGGGGAGCUUCUGAUUUUUGAAUUCUUAUUGUUAUAUAUAUAUGGAGGACAUAAUUGCUUUAUUUCUCUGUAUAAAUUUCUUGUAAAUUUUGGUGGGGCCUUUUUAUCUAAUGUUGUCUUUGUCUGUA